AAGGAAAAAUAGAAGGUCCUUUCUAACGUUCCUCAGGACGACAGAUAUCAUUGCGAAGUUCAGUAUUCCUUCCCUUCUCAAUUUCGACCUUUUUCUGUCCCCAUUCUUCUUCAAGUUACUCAUUUGCCCAUCUGUGUUUUUGCUUUUUUGAUCAAAUCCAUCAUGCCACGAAUUGAAGUAUUUUCAGAUUUUGAUGGAACCAUCAGCAUGGAGGACACUGGUUGCAUCCUCAUUGACUCUGGCAUUGGUGAAGAGACUCGCAAGGCAAUGGAUGUCCAAGUCUUGAACCAUGAGUUGACAUUUCUGGAUGCCAUGGAUAUCUGGUGGUCAAGUGUGAACUUGACGUUUGAAGAGGGUCUGGAGCUAGUUCGGGAGGUUGAGCUCGAUCCAGGAUUCCUAAAGUUUUAUGCACAUGUUCAAACGCACAAGAUUCCGUUUUCGAUAGUCUCCUGUGGUCUUGAUAUCAUCAUUGAGAAGUACAUGUCAUGGUACCUUGGAGAGGAGGAGGCGAAGAAGCUGGUGAUUUUAGCGAAUUAUGGCAAGGUCGUGGAUAAGAAAUGGUUGGUCAGCUACAGAGAUGAGACACCUCACAGUCAUGACAAAUCAGUCUGUAUUAAGGAAUCCAAAGAACAGUUCAAGAAGGAGAUGGUUGAGCAACAGAAACAACGUGAGUUGGCUAAAGAGACCAAGCAGGAACAGGCAGAGGAACAUGUCAUUGUGUUUUGUGGAGAUGGUAUCUCGGAUCUGAGUGCAGCACGCGAAGCGGAUGUUUUGUUUGCAAGGAAAGGAAGGAACUUGGAAAAGUAUUGCAGGAUUCACAAGAUCCCCUUUACGCCAUUUGACAGCUUUGACCAGGUUAGAGAGUUAAUCCAGGGACUACAGGAUGGAUCCUUGACGAUGACGGAGGUUAGACGUCGUCAACAGCAGGAAUGCGAAAAAGAAGUAUGAGAUCGAAAUGUUUUGUUUACUCAGUCUGGUCGGUCUGAUAUUUUAGUGCAAUCAAUUAGUCAAUUAGAGCAGCAAAUAGAAAAAUGGCCGGU